GGCUGGAGCGGAGGAUUUCUCCGGGCUGCCUGGGCGCUGGCAGUGCUGCCUCCCGCCUCAGCCCCGCCGCCUGCCCGGGCGCACUGCGGAGGAGGACGGGGCGUCACGGUGGGGCCGCCUGCCCACUCCUGCCUGCUCCUGCCCAUCCCUGCCACCGGCAUGGGCACGCAGGGGCUGGGGAUAACUUUUCUGACUUUGCCUCUCGUCGUCCGAGCAGCCGCGGGAGGGCAGUGGUGUUACGACUCGCAGGACCCCAAAUGCGGCCCCAGCCACUGGAAGGAGCUGAAAGCCACGUGCGGCGGCGACAAGCAGUCCCCCGUGAACAUCGACAGGCGCCGGCUGCAGCGGGACGGUGGCCUCGGGGACAUCCUCUUCGAGGGCUAUGACCAGGCCCCCCCCGGCAAGUGGAGGCUGGCAAACGAUGGGCACACGGUGGUGCUGAGCCUGGCGAGCGAGUCGGCCUCUGAGCACAUCACCAUCAGCGGCGGGGGCCUCCCUGGCAGGUACCGCGCGCUGCAGCUCCACUUCCACUGGGGCAGCCCAGCCGGGAACGGCUCCGAGCACACCCUCGACGGGCGCCAGCUCCCCAUGGAGCUGCACAUCGUCCACAUCAACGUCAAGUACCGGACGCUGGCAGAGGCCAAGGGGCAUCCCAACGGGCUGGCCGUCCUCAGCUUCUUCUUCCAGGUCUCCGAAACCCCUAACACCAACUACAACACCAUCGUGGCGGGGCUGAGGAACGUCUCCCAUGCUGGGGACUCGGUGGAUUUGGCCUCCACCUUCCGCCUGAGCACCCUGCUGCCGCGCACCGGCCGGCUCUCCGCGUACUACCGCUACCAGGGCUCCCUCACCACCCCUGACUGCAGCGAGGUCGUCGUCUGGACCGUCUUUGAGGAGCCGGUGGAGAUCGGCCGGGAGCAGCUGCAGGCGUUCGUCAGCACCCUCCACUUCCCGGCUGCCGGCCCCACGCUCCUAAAAAUGACCAACAACUUCCGCCCGCCACAGCCCCUCCGCAGCCGGAAGGUCUUCGCCUCCAGGGCAGCCACGGCCAGCGGCGGGUCCCCGUGCGGGGGCCACUGCCAGCUCCUCUCCCCCCUGCUCCUGCUGGCCCUGCUCGGCCCCUGCUCGCCAACCCCGUAGGGUCUGGCGCAGCCUUUCACCCAUCUCCACGUGAGCAUUGCCCCACUGCAAUGGCGAUGGGGAGGCAACACACCUGGUUCAUGGGUUAAUGGGGGAAAAAACCAACCGAACAAACAAAAAAAAGCAUGUCGAGGCCUUGGCUGGGUGAAGAUUUUGCAAACCUGGAUCUCUGCAGAGGUGAAUCUCUGCAAGCCCGGAGCCUCCCUGCGGUGCCCUGUAGCCAGGGGGUGGGAGGCUCCAGGAGGGGAUGCUGGAGGGGCUGGAAUAAAGCCGAGGUCCUCGC